AUGUACACCAACACUCAAUCAACCAACUACAACGCCUGGCAAGAGGAUCUCGGUCGAUUCAAUGGCCCAAUGAAUGCCGAUCAUAGCCAGGAAGCCCCAGUCGGGCAACAUUUAGCUGCGGACUAUCACUUCACCGCCCCAAUCGUCCAUUUGACGAACACGGAGGAAUGGAUGAGAUUCCACGUGCAUCAAAACGAAAUGAUGGUGACGAAUAAGGGACGAGACGUCUGCCCAGUGUUGAAGUAUUCAGUGGAAGGACUGGAGGAGAAUACUGUCUACAAGGCUGGAAUCACACUGGUUCAACUUGACCCAUAUGUCUGGAAGUUUGAUAGAAAGAGCACAAAAUGGAUGCAGACGCCAGUAACAGUGUCAAUGGAAAACAGUAAUGAAAUCUUUUCGCUGCAAACGACUGGUCGGAAUAUGAUGGAGAAUGGAAUCGUAUUUGAGCGAGCAAAGAUUUACAAUAUCGGCGAGGAGUCGAAAACUAUGAAGAGAAAUAAUGAGACUAUUGAAGCAAAGUUGAGAAACAAAGGUCAUCAAAUGAUGCGCGUUCGCACUCAAUGUCGCUAUGUCCCAGUCAUCGUCAUCUACAAAAUGUUGGAGAACGGAUCUACGGAAUAUCUCGGCUCUUUCGAAUUCGAGGAGACCAAAUUUAUAGUUGUCACGUCGUACAAGAAUCAAAACGUAAAAAUUGAGAAGAACACCGGGAACAAGUAUGUUCGGAAGGAUAUCAAGGAGGGCGCGCAGGAAACGAAGCAAGCAAAUUCUUCGGCCAACGAGAUGACUGUUCCACAAGUUCCGGAAAAUGCGGAUUCGAGAUGGUCCACGUCUCCAGAAUUGUUGAACGACGUCUCUACUUACAACACUCCAUCAUCCUCUUCAUUCGGAUUGCCAAUUGAACCGAUGACAUGGGAUGAGAACCAAUUCUAUCCACUCGCAUAUAACCAAUAUCAAUAUCAUCAAUCUGCCCAACAAUCCUCCUAUGAUCAGAUGCAACCAAAUCAAAUGGGACAUGUCUAUCCAGGAUCUCAAUAUUCGUCUCCCGGAAAUUCCUCGCCAUCUGAUUCAACGUCCUCCACUCCUCCACAUUCAACUUCUACCGAUUAUUGCGUACCACAUGAUGAUAUUUCUGGAUUCUCAUCGUACCCACUAUAG